UACUAUACAGUUUGCAUCUGUAGCCAGUUCAUCAUUUUUACAAGUUCAAGUAAAGUUCAAACAUUGUGUAGAUAAAAACAAAAUAUAAACGAUAUAAUACACUGAAAAUAAAAUGGGAAAUUCGGUUUUUAAACGUUUAUUUGCUGAUAAAAAUGUACGGAUAUUGAUAAUUGGACAUGAAGAUUCUGGACAAUCUUAUGUGCUGCAUAGUUUGAAGCUGGGUAAAGUAAGUUUAACUGUGGCGGGAGAAGGAGUUUUCGCAGAAGUAUUACGAUAUAAAAAUGUAGAAAUGACAGCUCUAGAUUUGGGUGGCAGAAUGUCAAUACGCCCAUUGUUACCACACUACUAUGCUACCAUACAGGGACUUGUAUUCGUUUUGGAUUGUUGUGGUUACAGAGUGGAUGAAACUAUAAAAGCAUAUUGCGAGAAGAUACAGGAAGAUGUUCUACCAAAUGAGGUACCUGUCCUUAUUCUCGCCAAUAAUCACGACGACUCGCGCGCAACUUCACUAGAUAAUAUCCGGGAACAAUUUGGGAAAGAAAAAUGCUUCAUUGAUAGACACUGGAAGGUCCAUGGUGUCAAUUUUUCUGAUAAAGAAGACAACGGAUUGUUUGAAGCGUUUGAUUGGCUCUCGGAUCAGAUGAUAACCAAUGAAAAACAAAAGAUGGCAUUGGAUAUAUUUGCUGGGACAAAUAACAACGGAACGACUGACACAUCUGACCAACAGCUCGGCGAUAAAGAAAAUAAGGGUUUUCUUUCAAAAUUCGUUGAGUCACUUAAAAAGACUCUUGUUUGUCGGCCAGUUAUUCGACAGUAACGAGGGUAAUACUAUCUAUGAAAUAGAAGAAACCAUGUAUGUAAAUCUAUUAAUUAUAUAAUAGAAAUAUCUGUAUAACAAAACAAAAGAUCCAAUUUCGGCGGAAUGACCAGAGAAUUGUUGAUUGGACAUUAUAUAUAUACGUACAUGUAUAUGAAAGGACAUUAGGUAUAUAAUAGUGUAAAAAUCAAAUUGCAAGUUAUAAAUAGUGUGUGUCUUCCACCA